AUGAUAUCUCAUUACCCACUGGCAUCGCUCCUGCCCUGGCCCCCAAUCCCGCAUUCCCUGGAUCUGGAUGAGGAUGGAGGGGUGGCCCUGCAGAGGUAUCAGCCUCGGUCCCCGGAGAGCAGUCCACGACACUGGAGCUCUGUUCAGGACUGGGGGGAGGAGGUAGAGGAAGGGGCCAUUUACAAUGUGACCCUGAAGAGGGUCCAGAUCCAGCAGGCCGCAAACAAGGGGGCGAGAUGGCUCGGGGCGGAGGGUGACCGGCUGCCCCCUGGACACACGGUCAGUCAGCUGGAGACGUGUAAGAUCCGGAGCAUCCGGGCCGGGACCCUGGAGAAGCUGGUGGAGACGCUCCUGACGGCGUUCGACGAUAAUGACCUGACCUACACCAGCAUCUUCCUGUCAACAUACCGUGCCUUCACCAGCACCCAGGCUGUGCUGGAGAUACUGCUCGACAGGUAUGGCAGUGUGGAGGACAGUGGGAAUGAGAGCGAACAGUCUCGACACGCUGACGGCAAAGGAGCCGUAAGGACCGUGUUGGCUUCCAUCCUGAGAGCAUGGCUCGAUCAGUGUCCGGAGGACUUCCAGGAGCCUCCGGACUACCCCAGCCUCCACCGUGUGCUGGACUUCCUGCACCGGAUCAUGCCGGGAUCAGAGCCAACGAGGCGGGCCCAGAGUCUCCUGGAACAGCUGCGGAAUCAGGCCAGUCUGGAGGCAGAGAGUGAUGCAGGUUUCUAUGGCAACAGCCCCUUCUGUCUCGGGGAGGAUGAAGAAGUUGAGAUUGAGUUGCAGGAGGACUUUCUGUCGUUUGAAGCUGAUCUGGUAGCUGAGCAACUCACGUACAUGGAUGCGGUGCUGUUUAAGAAAGUGGUUCCACAUCACUGCCUGGGCUCCGUCUGGUCCCGCCGGGAUAAAAAACAGAACAAACAGAGUGCGCCCACCAUCCGCGCCACCAUCGUGCAGUUUAACGCCGUGGCUGCGUGCGUAGUCAGUACCGUUCUGCGCCAGCGGCACAUUCGCCCACACCUGCGUGCUCGCAUCAUCCAGCGCUGGAUAGACAUAGCACAGGAGUGCCGCAUCCGUAAAAACUUCUCGUCGCUGAGGGCCAUCGUGUCAGCACUGCAGUCGAACCCGCUGUACAGGCUGAAGAGAGUCUGGGCAUGUGUGCACAAAGACAGUAUGCAGAUAUUCGAGGAGCUGUCGGACAUUUUUUCUGAUCAUAACAACUACCUGACCAGCCGAGAGCUGCUUAUGAAGGAGGGCACCUCAAAAUUCGCCAGUCUGGAGAGCUGUGCCAAGGAACACCAGAAACGUUCGCAAAAAAGACUUCAGCUGCAGAAAGAGAUGGGCGCCAUGCAGGGAACGAUACCGUAUCUAGGCACGUUCCUGACGGACUUAACCAUGCUGGACACGGCGCUGCCCGACUUCGUGGAGGGUGGCCUUAUUAACUUUGAGAAGAGAAGAAGGGAGUUUGAGGUCAUUGCUCAGAUUAAGUUGCUGCAGUCUGCAUGCAACAGUUACUGUUUGACCGCUGACCCAGGCUUCCUACGCUGGUUUAAGUGUCAGCCACAGCUCUCAGAGGAAGAGAGUUAUACUCUGUCCUGUGAGAUUGAAGGUUUGGGAGACAGCAGUCCGACCUCCCCCAAACCCCGCAAGAGCAUGGUGAAAAGGCUCAGUCUACUUUUCUUGGGAACUGAUACUUCAACCACAGGGUCCCCGGUGAGAGAAACACCCAGGUCGCCCCCUACUGGCAGUUCAGGGGAGAGCAUGGACUCUGUCAGCGUGUCUUCCUCUGACUCCAGCCCCUCGGACGUCGAGGGCCUGACCCCUACGCACACUCCAGACACUCACCAGAAAAAGCUCUCGGAGUCCUCCUCUUGUAACUCUCUGCACUCAGUGGACACAAAUUCUUCGUCAGCCAGUGCUCCUCUCUCCCUGGCUUCUCCUAUCUUGUCCGGUCCUCCUUGCACUCACCGUCGCUCGGUCUCCCUAACUCCCAUGUCCCCCACUUCUCCCAGUCUCCCCCCCGCGUACAACACGCAAGCUCAGGAUGCCUGCAUCAUCAGAGUCAGCCUGGAGCAGGGCAACGGAAACCUUUACAAAAGUAUUUUGCUCACGAGUCAAGACAAAACACCAGCUGUCAUCUCCAGAGCCAUUGCCAAACACAACCUGGAUGAGGAACAGGCUGAUAAUUAUGAAUUAGUACAAGUGAUCUCUGAUGAGAGAGAGCUGGUGAUUCCAGACAACGCCAACGUCUUUUACGCCAUGAGCACCUCGGCCAACUUUGACUUUCUGCUGCGUUUGCGCGGUUCCGCGGGGCGACCGGUGCAGCUACGUAGUCGCUGCAGCUCCACGCUCCCUCGGACCCCCCACCGCACCAGCCUGUCCCUCAGACUCAGCAAAGUCACCCUGUGA